CUCAAGAACAAAAUGGCGGACGAAGAAGAAAAGGAAAAUGUUACAGCUAGCGCGACUCACAAAAAGCCGAAGCAUUGUGCAAGUCUUGUCACGGAUGUGCUUUUGAAGUCUGGUCGUCUAGAAAAGGAAGACAUAAACUCAUGUGUAAAGAAAACAUUGCAGAAAGCAGAGGAAGUGAAGGCAGAGGUCCUGCAGGCAAUCUACAAGGAAUACACAUUUGAUGAAUUUUUAGAUUUCAGUAAUUCAACCUUUGAAAUGAACUGGAAUGUAAACAACCUUCUUACUGAAAUUCAAAAUGUUUCUGGUAGAUUGAAGAGUACUGUGGAAGGUUCUCUUGAUGCUGCCGCUCGGGAACAUGGUGACCUUGUGAAACAUCUGAGAGAGACUGAAGCCAUUGCAGAGCUCCUCAAAAGACUCCAUAAGAUCCAUGAAGCAUUGGAUGCCUUCCCUGGGGAGCUUAGUAAGGCUGCAUAUUAUAAUGCAGCUAAGCUUGUGCAAUCUGUGAAAGAGCUCCUGUCUGAUUUGCCUAAAGCUGGCCAGGAAGGACGGAUUUUCAUUGCCCUUAGAGAGGAAUGGGAAAGACAGAAAGCUCAACUGACAGCAACACUGGAGAGGGUGUGGACCAAAAGUAUUGCAUGGACAACACCUACUACAGCAUCACUAGACAACAGGCAGGGACAUCUGAAAACACAACUCAAGCUAGACCCAACUGGCUGUUCAAUGAGUACUGUCCUUCAAGCAAUGGAAGUACUUGGUAUUUUGGAAAAAAGAUUGAGAGCAUUUGGAAAGAGGCUGGUUCAGUUUAUAUUUCGUCCCAUAAUACUGUUUCCCAGCUUAAAGCCUCAAGUUGAUAAAACAAAACAAGAAACUACAACUGUGUCAUUUGCAAAGGAAAGUGGAAAAAAGAUCAUUGAUCCUACCUUGCUGUAUUCAAAGUUCUCAGAAAUCCUGGUUGUUUUGAGAAACUUCUUUGAUGGAAGUAGGAAAGAAGAUGAGGAAAAGUCAAAGGAACUCAAUGUGUCAAGUUCUUUACUUUUUGCUAAACUGGGUGAAUAUGUAUGGCCUGAUCUGUCAGAAACUAUUAUUGCAGAGUGUCUCAAGAAAUCAGUUCCUACCACAAGUGCACAGUUGGAAAAGUACCAAGAUGUCAUUAAAACCACUGAGGAAUUUGAGAUAAAUCUUGUGUCUUUAGGUUUAGUCCCUAAAGGAACAAACAAUCUCACAUCAUAUGCAAAGGAUGUUGGUAUUCACUUUGGGAACAAAAAGUGCCAAGAUCUUCUUGUCAGGGCACGUGAUCUGAUGAAAGAUGACAUUCACAACACUGUGUUGGUGGACAGCAACAAAGACAAGGGGGUUCUAUUAAGUUUGGGUGAUAUACAGAAAGCAUUAUCAGAUAACAAGAAAGGAGUCAAGCAUGAACCAUUGCAGAGAGAUCCAACCAACACCCUAAGCAAGUUUACAUUCUGCCUUCCAUCCUGCCGAAUCAGUGAGAGUACAGAGAAACUGAUGAAUCUGGCUUACAAAACUUUGAUAGAAGCAACACAGUCCACCCCACAAUGUGCUAUUCAGCUCUUCUACAGCGUUCGGAACAUGUUUGAGUUAUACUGUAACGUUGUACCUACCUAUCAUCAAAAGCACUUGAUUUUACAUAUCUUGACAAAUCUUGGAAAAGUAUGGAAUGGUAUUUUACCAGUUGAUAUUUACUGUCAGUCCUUGGGAGCCUUAUUUGAUGACGUCCUUAAAAACAUAGCAUGGGAAGUUAUCCAGCUUGAGGAUAUUUCAACAGAAGAGGCACACCAGCUUCACUCAUUACUCUCCAUACUUGUUGAGCGAGGGUCUGAAAUAUUCCAAAAUACAGAGGAAGAAGCCUCAGAAGCAGUAGAAAACAGCUGGAACUUAUGCACAGUUGUACCUCACUGGAUUCGUUACAAAGAGCUGAUAGCGAUAUUGGAAGCCAGUUUACAAGACAUUGUGGAUAGAUGGGCAGAUGGAAAGGGUCCCUUGGCACAUGAGUUUACAGCUCAAGAAGUGAAAGGCUUGAUAAGGGCCCUCUUCCAGAACACCGACCGAAGAGCAGCUGCGUUGGACAAGAUAAAGCCAGUACAAGCAUAGUUCAAUCAAAUGACUGUCAAGCAGACAUUAUAGACACUUACAAAUUCCUCAAUGAUACAUAUUUCUGAGUUAAGUCAAAGCAUCACCCCUCCAUGGACAGAGUUUUCCCUUAUUAGAAGUAGGACUGGUAUAAGAGAUUUUCAAACCAGUAGAGCAAUCCUUUUUACCUGUUAAAUUUUCAAGAAUUCUAAGAGAUGUCCGGCAGUAACAAGUAAGUAAAUUAAUAAAAAACGUUUUACUGCCUGAAGAGGAGAACACUACA